AUGGAGGCUCUUGAGCAUCUGUGGCACUUUAAGACACUAGUAGUCAAAUGCUGCAGUGAUAUCACGUCUCUGCCCGAGUCCCUUUUCCGCCUGCCUUCACUCACCAAUCUAACCCUUGACAUGCCGCGGCUAUCAGUUCUACCUGACGAGAUUGGGCAUUUGUCAAAGCUCCACACACUCGUGCUAGACCUGAAGGAGCUCGCAAUGCUUCCUGAUUCCAUUGCUCUGCUUACCACGCUCCAAGAGCUCGCCUUAGAUAAUCUCUACAACCUGCGUUCUCUGCCCGCGGACUUGGGGCAGCUGAAUGCUCUUGAAAAGCUGCGCCUGAACAGCCUUCGCGAGCUCACACGCCUGCCUAAAUCUUUCGGGCAGAUGACGGCUCUCCAGGAGCUGAAAAUUCUGGAGUGCUGGCUGCUGCAGGAACUUCCGGACUCCCUAUCCCAGCUAUCUUCUCUCGAGCACCUGGAGAUUAACAGUUGUCCUAGUUUCAGUGUUCUGCCAGAUGAAAUGGGGAACGUGCGGCUGUUGGAGGUGCGGGUGUGUGAUGGGGUUGGCGCGCUGCUAGGGGAUGAGGUCGUGCUGAAACGUACUGCCAGGGGUUCUUCUGCACGCUCCAACAGCACCGCCAGCAGCUCCGGCAGGAGCAUCGCCAGCAGCAGCACCAGCAGGGUACUAUUUCCAUCCCUCAAGAGUCUCAAGUUGAAGUCCCUUCCUUACCAGACCCUUGGUCCGUCCCUUGGCCAGCUCUCCUCUCUCACGAAGCUGAAGCUCCUAGAUAUGUACUACCUUACAUCACUCCCCGAAGCCAUCUGUCAACUUUCGCGCCUGAAAAGGCUACGGAUAUAUUCAGCUGUAAGGUUGGAGGUGUUGCCUGAGACCUUUGGGGGGCUGGCAGGGCUGCGUGUCUUGCAGCUGGUUUGCCUCGAUACAAUACGGCAGCUGCUCGAGUCUUUUGGGCAGCUGAAAAUGCUUGAGACUCUGGAGAUUAUUGACUGCUACACGCUGAUGAAACUUCCACGAUCUUUCGCAAAUCUGUCCAAGCUACAGUUCUGUACGCUCAUCAAGCUUGGGAUCUCAAAAUUUCCAGGAAAUUUCUGGGAGCUGUCUUCCCUCCAAGAGUUGGUGCUGCUCGGGCUGAAGCAGGUCCGCAGCUUGCCUGAGUCAUUUGCUAAGCUGCCUAAGCUACAGGUGCUGCUAGUUACUGCGUGCAACAAGCUGGUUCGGGUGCCAUCUUCUAUCCGGAGAAUGCCAACGUUGCGUGAGUUUGAUAUCAGUGAGUGUCCUUCGCUCCCAUGGCGAGACAGGAGGGGCCUUCGUGGAAGAGAGAACAAGGAGGCCGAGGAGGAGGGAGAGGAAGUGGCGGUUGAUGAAGAGGAGGAGGAAGGAGGGGAGGAGGCAGAGGAUGAGGAGGGGGGAGAUGUGGCAGGUGAAGGGGAAGAGGCAGAUGGGGAGGAGGAGGGUGCAGAGAGUGGUGGUGAGGACUGGGGGAUCAACCAUGAGUAUGGAUUGGGCAGCGAAGAUGAUGGCUGGAGGGCGGGUGAUGACGACGACGAGGAAUAA